AUGUCCGGAAAAGGCAAUUACAAUAAUCGUGAUCGCGUACGGGAUCCACGCGAAGAGAUUCUACUCGAAACAAAUUUCGAAGACGACGGUGGUGUGCUAACUCGCGCCUAUAACAAUAAUCCCUAUCAGAAUCGGCGACACAGUGCCUACCAGUCGGAGCACUCCUUGGAUAGGUACACCGAACGCGGCGGUGAAGCCGAUUGUUGCCAGUCAUGUAUGGCACGCAUUCCAUAUGCAACGCUGAUUGCGACCCUUAUGUGUCUGCUCGGCGUUGGCAUAUUUUGCGGCACAAUGUACAGAGGGGCAUCGCUAACGGUUAUCAUGAUGGAUCAGGUGUUUCACCUGCGUCUCAUAUGGAUCGAGGCUGUACAGAUGAUAUUUGUUAUAAUUGCCGCUGGGAUGGCUGCUCUCGGAUUUAUGAUAUUGUUUGUUGGCUUUCUGGCAACGGGCGCAACUCGCUAUAAGGUUUAUAGGGCGUGGCGAUCUCGGGUCGGCGGUCGUAUCUCCUGCGCAGUUCUUAUGGGCAUUACCUACUUGCUGAACUUCGUGUGGACACUUAUUUUGUGCUUCUUGGUCAUCGUAACAUUUAUUUACACCAUGUUUUGGAACAUGUGCUCGAGUGUGGAGCAGUCUCUGAGUUGUAUUGAUUUGACUCAAUUUCAUUUCAUGUUUCCGCCUAACACCAAGCUCGAGGAUAUGAAGGUGUGCGAAAAAUACGAGAUCAAGGCAUUCUGUAAAGAUGGUGUUGAGAACGCUGAAGUAAUGUUUAUUUUGGCUACUCUCUCGACUCUCCUGGUGAUCCUCAGUCUUGUGCACUAUUUGAUGUGUCUUUCCGCAAAUUACGCCCACAUUCGGGACCACGAAAAGUUCCAGGAGCUUCAGGAGAUUCAAAAUCUGAACGAACUGGAGUAUAGCGCUACGUCCAAGGAUCGUUUCUAGGAAAUAUUUAAAUCUAUACAAUUUGUGCUUCACAAGCAAUAAGACAAGAUUGGCACAGUGAAGCCCAAAGACACAGAAAUGCAACGAAAAUCGCUAUAGCAAUAUGAAUUUGUUUUUAAAUGAUAUCCAUGGCUUUUUUUGAAUUUUAUUUUCUAAGUGUUUCGCAGUUAAUGUAUGAGUUAUUCCGUAUCUUAAUUAUAAUUUAGACCAGUAACGUUCGCGAAAAACAAUCACAUACACAAAAAUACACUUGUCUGACUUACUGACUUGGAAAUCCAUGUUAUAAACCGUUAACGCUGUGCUGAUACUCACAGUGACAGUUAAGCAUCGCAUGAGAUGCGUAUAAUUGCAUUAAAGCUCAGGGUUAUUCACCCUGCCCAUCACCGUGAAACCGUACCAAAAUUAAUGUGCUAAGCUGGCAGCAAUAAUGUUUAAUAUUUUCACCAACUUGCGUCCAUAUAUAUGUAUUAUGUAUGCACUGCAUAAAUCUGUAUACCUUACAUGAUUAUAUUUUCCGUCCAAAAUUGUCUAUUUUCAAAUGUCUAUGAAAUAAUAAUUUAAUAUUUGUCUUAUAUUAUAAGUGCGUUUUAUCUGUAUACAUAUUUGUAUUUUUAAAAUAAUCAUACGUCUUUUACGUACACAUGCCUAUAAA